CAUUGCCACUUGCAUAGACGACAAGAUGAAGUUUUUACUUCUGCUGGUGAUGCUGACAGCAUGUGCUGCUACUCCUCAAGAUCUUUCAGGUAAAAUGUUCACCUUCCCACAACAGACCAACACCGCUCAUGUGAGACUGAAUACAACAAGAGAGGAUUUCAGUGCUGUGACUGUCUGUCUCAGGAGUUUUACAGACCUCAGCAGAAAUCACGUCCUGUUCUCUCUGGCCACACCGUCUGCUGCAAAUGACUUCCUGCUUUUCAAGAGGGCUGCAGCCAAUCAGAUCGAAAUAUCUGCCAGAAAUGUUGGUGCACUAUUUGAUGGUCAGGAAUACACACUGAACACAUGGCUGUCUGUCUGUGCCACCUGGGACUCUACGUCCGGACUGGGACAGUUGUGGCUGAAUGGAAAGCCCAGUUCCAGGAAAUUCACCAGCACUGGAUCAAACAUCAGAGGACGCGCCAUCAUUACCUUAGGACAGGAGCAGGAUUCUCAUGGUGGAGGAUUCGAUGCCAACCAGUCUUUGGUUGGCAUGAUCUCUGAUGUCCACAUGUGGGACUACGUCCUCUCAAACUGUGAAAUCCACCGUUACAUGGACAACCUCAAUUUCACACCGGGGAAUGUGCUCAACUGGAGGGCGCUUGACUUCCAGAUCAGAGGAAGAGUCCUGCUGGAAGAAAAACAAGCUAUCUGUUACUAAAUGGCCAAAUGAAGAGUUUAAAUGUCUUAUAAAGUCAAAAUCUGAGUUUCCAUUGUUUUAUGUCCAGUGCAAAGAUUAUCAGUGCCAUUCAUUUAUGUUGAAUCAGCAGUUACUGAAAAGGAAGUGAUUUCAUUUUCAACAGGUUUCCCUGUCUCUUCAGCAUCAAGUACAAUAUUCUUUCCAGAUGUUUCUGUUGUUGAUUAUGUCACUUGUAACAUUCAUUUUAUUAUCAAUAUUCUUCCUCUUUUAUUAGCAUCAUUAUUCAGGUUUGGUUGGCAGUGUUUGCCACAACCUUUCAUUGUGAUUUGUGAGUGUUGAUUGUCUGUACCACACACAUACAACCUUAGAUUUUUCUAAGCCAACCAUUAAAGCUGAACUGAACAUGAAA